AUUUCAUCCUAACACUCAUCCUACUGCUUCCCAUCAUGCUGAUCCGCCUGUACAGCAACAGUUCCUGACACUGAAUAACAAACGGGACCAAGGAGAAACAGCUAGAGCGAAAGGCAAAGAAAGAGAAAUGAAGGGAAAGAGAGAGAGAAAGUGAAAUUUGUGGGAGGGGCAUCAAGGAAGGAACCAUAUGCUUUUAGCAAGAAAAUUCCAGCUUGUCUUUAUUCGCUGACAAGUGAGAAGAGAGUGGAGAGGGAAACAAGAGCAGGGGCUUCAACAUAGAAUGACAGACUGGCAGUCUCAACGCUUAUUCGUUUGAACGUGCGUGUCUCUGCGGUGACAACAUGGGAGCUGUAGUGGGCACACUGACUAUGCAGACAAGACAAAGACAACCAUCCAGAGAUAAUGUAGAUGAUGAAUUAGAGAUGACAAUGGUCUGCCAUCGGCCUGAGGGUCUUGAGCAGCUCGAGGCGCAGACGAACUUCACCAAGCAAGAGCUACAAGUCCUUUACAGAGGCUUCAAAAAUGAGUGUCCAAGUGGAGUGGUGAAUGAGGAGACAUUUAAACACAUCUAUGCACAGUUUUUUCCACAUGGAGAUGCCAGCACAUAUGCACAUUAUCUCUUCAAUGCGUUUGACACCAGAAAUAAUGAAUCCAUCAAGUUUGAGGACUUUGUGAUGGGACUAUCUACUCUACUGCGAGGGACGGUCAGAGAGAAACUAGAAUGGACAUUUCAUCUCUAUGACAUUAACAGAGACGGAUAUAUCAAUAAGGAGGAAAUGACAGAGAUAGUGAGGGCCAUCUAUGACAUGAUGGGGAAGUACACGUAUCCGGCUUUAAAAGGGGAUGUACCAAAACAGCAUGUGGAUGUCUUCUUUGAGAAAAUGGACAAAAACAAAGAUGGAGUUGUAACAUUGGAAGAGUUUGUCCUUGCAUGUCAGGAGGAUGAAAACAUGAUGAGAUCCAUGCAGCUCUUUGAAAAUGUGAUGUAGAGAAGAAGAAAAGAACACGAAAGAAUGCAAGAGGGAUUUUACGUUUAAAUAUAUAUUUCACUGAUCUGAGUUCUGGGGGAAUAUGAUGGCCAGAGAGGGAUGAGAGUCUGUGGGCUUUGUUUUUCUCUCUCUAUUCAAACUUUGUAACAUAUUCAGUGUUGUUUCUUGCUGGUGUUUUGGGAAAUUGCCCAGAAUCCACUUUGAUCCAGCCACGGAAGACUACAUAUGUUUGAAAGGCAUUUCCUGACUAGUCGGUGAUGAUGGUCAAUGUCCUUCUUCCCUACGAAAAAGAAAGCUUGAGUGGCUUUUUUCAUUUGCUUAACCCUAGAGCUCAGGACUUUACAUUUGGUGUACUGGAACUGCAUUCAAGAGGAAAUACAGCCUCCUUUGCUUGCUUUCUUUGCCAAAAGAGCUUGCAUGAG